CCCAACUACCCGCUCCCUGUCCAGCGUCCAGCGUGCAACCAACACCUCCCACGAGUCCGCGACGCGUCAGCGUCACCGUCCGUCGUCGCAAACGAGCCCAGUGGCGAUUCGCUUUCGAACCGCACUCGCCCUCCUCCGUUCUCUUCUCUCCCUCCUCCUAUAGUUGGCUUCUCGCAACCCUCUGCUUUCGAUCAGCUUUCUCCGCUCCCCAUUUCCCUCUCCAACUCCAAUCCAUGGCCUCCACGGAUCGCUCCACGCCGGCGGAGGACGAGCAACAGCAGAAGCGCCCGUCUCUCUUCUCGCCGUACCAGAUGCCCCGCUUCCGCCUCGCCCACCGGGUGGUGCUGGCGCCGAUGACCAGGUGCAGGGCGCCCGACGCGGUCCCAGGCCCCGCGCUCGCGGAGUACUACGCGCAGCGGUCCACGGACGGCGGCUUGCUCAUCUCCGAGGGCACCAUCAUCUCGCCGUCCGGCCCUGGGUUCCCUCGUGUCCCUGGGAUAUACAAUCAAGAACAGACUGAUGCAUGGAGAAAGGUGGUUGAUGCUGUUCAUGCCAAGGGAGCUAUCUUUUUCUGCCAACUAUGGCAUGUAGGCCGAGCUUCUCACCAAGUAUAUCAGCCGGGUGCUGCUGCUCCGAUAUCCUCAACUGAUAAGCCAAUAUCAUCAAGAUGGAGGAUACUGAUGCCCGAUGGAUCCUAUGGCAAGUAUCCAACUCCGAGGCGCCUAGCCACAUCCGAGAUACCAGAAAUUGUUGAGCAAUACCGUCAAGCAGCCGUAAACGCCAUCAAAGCAGGUUUCGAUGGCAUCGAGAUCCAUGGCGCCCAUGGCUACCUCAUCGAUCAGUUCCUCAAGGGCGGUAUCAACGACCGGACUGACGAGUACGGUGGCUCACUCUCCAACCGUUGCCGGUUCCUCCUGGAGGUGACCCGAGCCGUGGUCUCUGCGAUAGGGGCAGACCGCGUCGCGGUCCGAGUGUCCCCGGCCAUCGACCAUCUCGACGCCUACGACUCCAACCCCCUGCAGCUCGGCCUGGCCGUGGUGGAGCGUCUCAACGCUCUCCAGCAGGAGGCCGGGCGGCUGGCCUACCUCCACGUGACGCAGCCACGGUACACGGCGUACGGGCAGACAGAGUCUGGCCAGCACGGGAGUGCCGAGGAGGAGAGCCGGCUGAUGCGUGCCGUGCGAGGUGCCUACCGUGGCACGUUCAUGUGCAGCGGUGGGUACACGCGGGAGCUCGGGGUCGAGGCCAUCGAGUCCGGGGACGCUGACCUGGUGUCCUACGGGCGGCUGUUCAUCGCUAAUCCCGACCUGGUGGAGCGGUUUCGGCGCGACGCCCCGCUGAACAAAUACGUGCGCAAGACGUUCUACACGCCGGACCCCGUCGUCGGUUACACGGACUACACAUUCCUCGGCCAGCCUAAGGCACGCAUGUGAUUUGAUUAUUAGUGCGUUGCCGUAAUUAUAAGAGGCGGAGUAUUGUUUGUAUGUUGUGACUUGAGAAAACAAGCAAACAUCUGGGUAAUGCCGCGAUUGUUACGUAUUCCUACUAUAUAUGUGUUACCAAUAUUCGGGCCUA